UCGUCGGUUUUGCCAACCAAACGUGCUUCAUUUUCCAUCAAUUGUCGCUUCGAACCGUUUCAAAUAUUUUCCGAUUCUGGAUUCAGGAUUCGGGGGCUUGCCAGUGGGAUUCGGCAGAGGAUGCAACAGGAUUGAUACCUUGUACGGAGGGCUGAGAGCCUGACAGAGCGAUUAUAGCCUGACUAGACCUGCAUCCUGGCUCGCCAUUUUCAGCGAAUGUAACGGAAUCCAGUGGAAAAGCGCCUUCGAUUCGAUUCAAUACGAUUCAAUUCGAUUCGAUACUGGGCUUACUGGGCAGUAAAGGCUGAGGCGAGCAAAGGACCCUUCGAGGACUGUUGAAUUAGUUAGAGGCGAAGCAACAAAUACAAACAAAGGGGCCAUUCAACAACCUCCCGAAGUCGCCGUAUCGAUUUUCCGUUACAUCGUUAUACACACACACUAACCCAGUUGGCACACAUCCAUUACGCAUACGCCCCAUAGCCACCCCAGAAAGCGAGAAGAGCGUGCGGCUCCAGCUGCUCCACUCCACUCCAUCCCACUCUGCGAAGAGAAAGGGAGAGCCUGGCGGAUUAUCGGACUGGCUUUGUUGCAUCCCGCAGCCACUGGAGGCAUGUUUCAUUUGGCACUCGCCAGCAGCGGACGGACAAACCAUUUAGGGCUACGGCAAUAGCCAUUGUAGGUAGCAUUCACCAGCAUCGGCAUCCGCGACCAGUCACGACAGUGACGCUUUCUGCCGCGGAAUAAGGAAUCCUUCACCCCAUCCACCCAAUCACAGUCGCCCCAACGAAAUCGCAAGCCACCAGCAGGUGUUCAGCAUGGCGGGAAUUCAGCUGCAACCAGGAUGCACGAUGGCCGUGGUGGUGGUGCUCCUGCUGCAGGUGCUCGUGAUGGGCCAGGUGCUCGGCCAGGGUCCGCCGCAGGCCCAGGUGUGCCCGGAGCAGAGCGAGAUCGCGCCCUGCAUCUGCACGGUGAAGAAGAACGGGCUGGACAUUCUGUGCGAGACCACCGAUCUGGCGCACAUCACCAAGUCGAUGGGCACGCUGAAGGGCAAGAGUCCCAUCAUCUUCUACCUGAAGCUGCGCCACAACAAUCUGCCCAAGCUGCAGGGCUUCGUCUUCCUGGCCCUGGACAUCCGCCACCUGACCAUCCACAACAGCAGCCUGGCGGCCAUCGAGGAGAACGCCCUCAGCUCGCUGGGUGCGGGGCUCACACAGCUGGAUGUGUCCCUAAACCAAAUGAAGACGGUGCCCUCGCAGGCUCUGCAGCACCUGUUCCACCUGUUGAUCCUUAAUCUAAACCACAACAAAAUCACCGUGAUCCACAACAAUGCCUUCGAGGGACUGGAGACCCUGGAGAUUCUGACGCUCUACGAGAAUAAGAUCACACAAAUCGAUCCCGAGGCUUUCCGAGGACUAGAGGACCAUAUUAAACGCCUGAAUCUGGGUGGCAACGAUCUUACAAAUAUCCCGCAGAAAUCUCUUUCCAUUUUAAGCACCUUAAAGAAGCUGGAGAUUCAGGAGAACAAGAUACGGACUAUCAGCGAAGGCGAUUUUGAAGGCUUGCAGAGCUUGGACUCAUUGAUUUUGGCCCACAACAUGAUCACCACCGUGCCUGCCAAUGUGUUUAGUCACCUCACCCUGCUGAACUCCUUGGAGCUGGAGGGCAAUAAGAUCAGUGCGAUUGACAAGGAUGCCUUCAAGGGCCUGGAGGAGAACCUGCAAUAUCUGCGCCUGGGUGAUAACCAGAUCCACACUAUUCCCAGCGAGGCACUGCGGCCACUGCACCGCCUUCGCCACUUGGACUUGCGCAACAACAAUAUCAAUGUUUUGGCCGAGGAUGCCUUCACUGGCUUUGGAGAUUCCCUAACUUUCCUCAACCUGCAGAAGAACGACAUCAAGGUUCUGCCCAGUCUUCUGUUCGAGAAUCUGAACUCUCUGGAAACGCUGAACCUGCAGAACAACAAGCUGCAACGCAUACCGCAGGACAUAAUGGAGCCCGUCAUCGACACCCUCCGCAUCAUCGACAUCACCGAUAACCCGCUGAACUGCUCCUGCGAGCUGACCUGGUUCCCCAAGCUGCUGGAGGACCUGAAGAACAAGGACGACGAAAUGUCGCAGAAGAAGAAGCCGCUGUGCCACAUGUCGCUGGACAACCGCGAGUACUUCGUGCAGGCCAUGCCCACCGAGAAGAUGCACUGCGCCGGCCUCAAUGUGAGUCCCUCGCCCACCAGCGGCGGUCUAAUGCGGAUCCUGCAAGUGAACAUCCUGGCCCAGAUUGCCGUGUGUAGCGUGGCCUUUCUGACUAGCGUCUAAGCAUCUAGCCUCUGUCCAGCUAGACGCGGUGUUCCAUGUGGGUCAGUUUCAGCUUCAGUUUCAGUUCCACCCCCGUGAUCAGUGAUAGCAUCCAACAGAGCGACAGUUCCAUUCGGUUUAAUUCGGUUGCCACAUAACGAAUCACCCAAAAAUGCAAAAAUGCAAAAAUGCAAAAAGCAAUCCCAGACCCAAGAUCACAGACCUCUCGUACGCCCACAAGCCAUUUCUGUGUUGUUGUAUUGUAUGUUUUCUUAUAGAUUAUAGGGAAUCCGUGAAUUAUGCAACUCUGCCAGUAAUUAGACUCAGAAAGCACGCUUUUCGAACCAGCAGCAGGCUUCCCCCACCCCCGAAAGUUAUUGAGACGACGCCCCUGGAGAGGCACCACCACCACUAUCCGGUCCACCCACUGCACUCCGCUCCAGACGUGCACGGUAGCUCGACGAGAAGGGGAAUGCUGGGAUGCUAUUCACUUGUCUGCGGACGUAGCUUAGAUGUAAGGCUUGGUUUGGGCACCAGUGCACCAGUGCACCAGUGCGGAGGCAACCCAAACCCAAACCCAAACCCAACUCCAAAAUCAAAACCCAAACCCAAACAUAUCGGAAUAUUGUUACGUUUAAGCGUGGGAUUUUGUUGUUACUUGCGUUAAUCUGUACGAGCUUAGUUGUGCAGCCUAGGGCUCCGUAUGCCCAUCUAUUAUGUGUAGUCUAUCGUCGUCUUGUCGUCGGUGUUGUGAGAUACAAUCAUUACUAACGAGUUUUGAAGUCCCUUAUCCAAUUCGAAGCAGGCAUGGCCAAUUGUGGCUCCACUUUGGGUGCCAGAGGCAGGCGAAACGGAGGGAAAACACAAGAGAAAGUAAGAAAUUUCAUUUGCAUCAAUCACCAAGAACUGAUUAUGGAAUAAGUAGUUUGUACUCUUUAUUUGCCGCGAGCACGGGCAAACUCCCAAGUAUCCCAAGUAAUCCCCAUCCCCAUCCACAUCCACAUCCCGAUUCCCAUUCCCAAAACCCACAUCCAGAACCCAGAAGGAGCAACCCACAAAAAUCAAGAAUGCAUAUCGUUAUAUUGUUAUAUUAUAUCGUGACAUAUCAAGAGCUCCCAGUAGUAAGACACUCGGAAAGCUCGGCACAGCUAAUAUAGUGACAUUUUAUAGAAUUUACUUACAUUUUUGAGGCAUCUGACAAGUUUGAUAUUUAUGCAAGAAGUGAAUUAAGCAAAUGCGUAUGCAGAGUGGAAUUUUUGAAAUUUUUUAUACAUAUACUUUUAUACACACAUACAUACGUACCUUUUCGAUUAUGUCUACGCAAACUAAGUUGUAAUUCGAUUAGCUAUACUAUACACUGACACCCCAAUCCGCCCGACCCCAAUCCCCUCCCUCCGCCACCCCAACCACGCGGUGGCUUAGGUCAGUAGCCACCCACUGGUGGGCGGUGGUGCAGCGGGAGCGGGUUCGGGUUCGGGUUCGGGGCGGGAAAUAUUUUCAAGAGAAUGCGCCGCACCACCGAUUCGGGUCAGUUUCCUUUGGCUAGAGCUGUUCUUUUCAAAAUAUUGCUAACACUGAACCCCAUCGAAAGCUGGGCUUGCAUAAUGCUCUCCAUGUGAGCAGAAUCUGAGAAUCUGUCUAAUAAAGAAUCCAUGUUGGUUACAAAUGCAA